AUGGAUCCAACUGAGUUGGAUGAGAUACUGUCCGAUCCCCAGCAGGUUCAGGACCGGAUAUUUGGAAGCAAAAUUGUUAUUGCCCUGGAACAGUGCAUGGUUUUCUCAACAUGGGGAGUGAAGACAUGCAUGCUGAUCCUUUACUGGCGAAUCACUAAGAACCUGCCCUCAAAUCUCUACGUCAAGGUUCUUGCCGGGUAUGUUGCGCUGGGAUUUGUCGUGAUUAUGAUCACCUACUACGGCGUGUACUGUCGACCCUUCUCGCAAUAUUGGGCGUUACCCGUGUCGAAUAUGCAAUGCGCCACGUACCAACACUAUUCAAUCACACAGGCUGUCUUUAAUAUCUCAUCUGACGCCUUCAUGUUCGCCAUCCCGAUUCCGUUGAUCAUCAAGGCUAAGCUACCUCGACGCCGUAAGGCCCUUCUCCUUGGCGUGAUGAGUCUGGGCCUGUUUACCAUCAUUGCCGCUAUACUCAACAAAUAUUUUAACUUUGCGUCACCGCUGACCACCGUGUACCAGAUCUGGUACAUCCGGGAGGCCAGUACAGCCGUCUUUGUCGCCAACAUGAUGUGCUGGUGGCCAUUGUUGCGGAAGCUGUUUGGCCUGACAACCUUCCAGUAUCACAGCACUCCUGGACAGCGAUCCCGGGGUACCGACAAUGUGAACAAGGGGAGCAACCCAUACUCCAAGUCUGUGGGCUCGCAGUCUCACGCAUCAUUUUCCUUUCCCCGUGCUUUUCAUUUUUCUCGACCCGGACUCCGGGGCUCGUCAAAGAACAACACUCUCACCGGACACGGCAACACCGAACGCUCCAGUCAAGAGGCAAUCAAUCUUUCAACAGGCGAGCUUGCGGAGGAUCUGGAGCGGGUCGAGACUAUUCCUCUCCAGGAAUGGGGCAAGGGAAGUGAGCGAGGCACUGAUGUCGAGAACCUCGCGAUUCAGGAAUCAAUCGCAAAAUUUGAAAAGCGCAGCAAUGGAGAGGAACCUCUUGAGGGUGGAAUUUAUUACACCCGCGACUUCGACAUUCGCUCUGAUUCCAGGGAACGAGCCUCUCCAUCGUCGUGA